AUGCCUUUUAUUUUUGAUAAUAAGCCUUUAUAUUUAAAAUCAGAAUCUCCGAAAACGUUACCCUAUAAUGACAAAAUAAUUAUUCAUAAACAUAUUAAAAUUUUGAAACCUAAAACUAUUAUUGUUGAAGAAAAAACAGAAGAUGAAGACCAUCCCAAAGACGACAUAGACAUGAAAGAACAAUUUAAAUUAAACGAGACAUUAAACAUUUUGGACCAAAAUAAUCAAGAUGUUUUUAAAAAUUCUCAAGGCCAUGAUUCCAAGAAUAAUGACAAUGAUAUGAAUCAAAAUUAUUUCAUGUUAGACAAUUUGAACCAAAAUACAGAUGAAAAUUUGGAAAAUAUUCCAGAAAGUAUGAGUAGUAAGAAAACGGUCGAAUCUGGCCUUAAUUGUUGCGGGUCAGAAAUAAUAGAAAAAGCAAUAGCAAUAAAUUUAGAAGAUUUCCUUCCAAAAGCGAAAACGCCUGAAAGGAAAAACAAAAAUCAAAUAAAAAAAACGUCUUUCGUUAUCUCUUCUAGCGCUUACAAAAAAGAAAUGAAAGAAAAGAAGAAAAAGAAAGAAGCACUAGAACAUCAAAAAGAAGAAAACAGACAAAAGAGAUUAAAGCAGAAAUUGGAGGAACAAGGUAAGCCUAAACAAACAAUAAAAAGUAAAGUAGAUGAAAAACAGCCUAAACAAGGAAAAAAAAGUAAAACUGCCGACACUGAUUGUAUAGAUGCCCCUGCUGAAGCAAGUAACAUCACAAAAAAACAUCCUAAUUCAGAAAAAUUUUGUAAAACCGAAACUACCGAUGAAGUAAAAAAUUAUGUCAUAAAAAGAACUGGAUUAUGUUUUUCAUGUGUGACAAAUAUAACUUUAAAUAAAAUUGGAAUAAAAUGCCAAGACUGUAACAGAGUAUAUCACCUGGUCUGCUAAAAGAAAAGUGGAAUAUUCAAGGAUUUUUAUAGAUGUGGUGUUUGUACCGUCAAACUAAGUUUGCGUUCGUAAUAUGUUUUUAUCAAUUGGAAAUACUCUUUGUAAUGUUUUAUAAUGAGUAAAUUUAAAAAAGCG